UAACAGUAAUUUUAUGACAAUGUAUCUAUUCCAAACUUCAAAUGUUUGACAUAAUAACUCCUGGCUCUCUGUUAUUUUAAGUGUCUUAUCGAAAUAUUAUGUUGACACGAUUUCGCAAUUCUUCAAAAACCCUUUUUCGUUUAUUAGUAAAGAAGUCUACUCUGAAACGAUAUGAUUCAGACUGUACUUGCGGUACACCAAAAUGGACAGGCACUUACAAUGAUUUACCGCAACCUGAAUGCGAUUGGAAUAGAAAAAAUGCAGAAAAUCAAAAGAGGCACAAUAAAAAUUUCAUUUUGGGAGUCGGGUUUUUGUUGGCUACUAUUGCAUUUGGAUUUCCCACAGGACUAUUUGCGUCUUACCACUCUUUUCCAGACAGGCCGGCAGAAUCAAAUGAUUAUUGUGGAACAAAGUAAAACAUUUUUUUUUAUUGUUUUGUUGAUAAAGACGUUGUUACCAUAAUUUAUACAAUUAAAUAAAUAAUUUAGACAUCUCCUCAA